GUUGCCACAGGCUAACUCAUCCAGCAUUAAGUCAGUUCUUGCUGAGCUGUUAAACAUACAGCACAUGGAGGUUAAAUGUGUUGUGAAAAGUCCAAGUGAAGACAAGAAGUUGAGUGCGACUCCUCAUCUCAAGAUUUGACACAAUGCUUUGGAAACUGAUUCCUCUCUAUGCUCUCCUCCUUGGAGUUCUCACAUCGCCGACUCCAUCUUCACUUCCCACUGUUAACACGGAGCAAAGACUCUGUCACAUCUACAACUCCGGUCAGACUGCAGACUGCCUGGGACGGCAGCUUGAAAAUGUUCCGUGGAGACAAUUUCCAUCCACACUUGAAGAAAUAGAUCUCUCCUACAAUAAGCUUCAAGCUGUCAGUGCUGAUGACUUCCUCCGCCUCCCUCAGCUUCGCAUCCUUCAGCUGCGGUACAAUAAUAUUUCACACAUUGACAAUGAUGCCUUUAAAAACAAUGCACUACUGGAGCAUCUUGACAUAUUUAAUAACUCUCUGCAGGAAAUCCCUGCCACAGCUCUGACACCUCUCUUGAACCUAAAAAUACUCUACAUGUCCAAUAACCUUUAUAAGCGCGCCGCUUUGGCUGAUAGCUUCUCCAAAUUUGUGAAACUCCAAGAACUGUCAAUGGGUGGCCCUCUAGUGAUGGGUCUAAAGAAAGGGGAUUUUCAGCCCUUAAUGAACAUAAGUUUACAAGGUUUUGCUAUCAAGUGUUCCUCCAAUCUAAGUUACUAUGAGCCAGGAAGCUUAGAAGUCAUUCAAACAAAGCGAAUGGGCUUUGACAUGGCCAUAGAUCAACAGCCAAGCGCUCUCCUUCACAUGCUACAUGACCUCGCCAACAAGACAUUCAUUGUCAUUCAGUUUCGUAACCUGUUUGAAUUCAUGUACUACAUGGGACAGGAGGACAUCUUCCUGGGUUUAAAAGACAUCACAGCCCAUCAACUCAUCUUCCACAGAGGUAAAUUCAAUGAGAACCUCCUGAGGAUGGCUUUAAUGAACUUACAAGUGGCCCCUAUCCAAAGGUUGAGACUUCAGUACAUUGACUUUGCCCGAUCACCAACAUUUGUUGAUAGCGGAGCAGGUUCCAGCAUCACAGACCUGACACUGGAUAAUUUGGAUCUUUGGUAUAUCAGCAAUCCUGAUGUGCUGCGUUUCGAUUGGCGUUUCACAUGGUUCAACAAAAUUAAGAGACUGUCUAUUCGAUACGUGUAUUUCAACACCGUACCUUGCGAUGCCUGGGUUGAGAUGGAAGGUGUACAGUUUCUGGAUGUCUCCAAUAAUCGACUAAAGAAUGAGUUUAUCUUCAACCGGCGAUGCGAUUACAAGGGGACCAUGCCAAAUCUUCACACCUUCAACAUGAGCACCAAUGACUUGACCAGUUUAAAAGAUAUGUCAUCUCUUACAAGGGAGUUCCAGCAGCUGCAGGUGUUGGACUUUAGCAACAACAAACUGGGAUCGGCUGAAGAAAGCCGAGACUGCGUUUGGAAACAAAAUAUCACUCGGCUUAUCGCUCACCACAAUCAGUUUGUAAGUGAAGCCCUCAGUUGUCUGCCAACCACUGUACAGUACUUGGAUCUGUCCUACUGCAACCUGGACCAGCUGGGCAUGACGUACUUUGAGAAAGCCACCAACCUGAGAACCCUCCUAUUAAGUGGGAAUAAAAUUAAGUUUAUCCCACCCAAAUGGGAAAGCCCAUCCUUGCAGUCGCUAGCUCUGGAUGGAAAUUCAUUUGGUCUCAUUAGCAAAGAAUCCUUCCAGGACAUGCCUCAGUUGUCUUGCCUUAUGGCAGGGAACAAUCCUUACCACUGCACUUGUGAGCUUCGUGCUUUCAUUGAGGACACACUUUCUAAAGGAAAGGUUAAUCUCACAGACUGGCCCUGGAACUACAAGUGUUACCACCCAGAGGCCCUGCUCAACACAGUCAUUGCUAAAUACUUCCCAGGAAAAGUCGCGUGUGACAUCAGACUAGUUAUCAUCAUCUGUGUUGCAACCACUUCAGCAGUGAUCCUGAUACUUAUGCUGAUUUGCUAUAUUUUUGACCUUGCCUGGUACACUAAAGCCACAUAUCAGAUCAUCAGGGCCAAAUACAGAGUUCACAAGGAGAAAGCAGCGGGGGAUUUAGAGACUUUUACCUACCACGCCUUCAUAUCCUACAGCCACUCAGAUGCUGACUGGGUGAGGGAUGAGCUUUUGCCCUGUUUGGAGAAAAACAGGAAUCCCUAUCGUCUGUGUAUUCAUGAGAGGGACUUCAUGCCAGGAAAAUGGAUCAUCGAUAACAUCAUUGACAACAUUGAAAGCAGUCGCAAGGUAAUAUUUGUCCUCUCUCGGCACUUUGUUGACAGCGAGUGGUGCAACUAUGAGCUGUACUUUGCACAGCAGAGAGCGAUGGGAAAGAGCUUCAGUGACGUCAUCCUGGUGGUGAAGGAGCCCAUCGAUCCGAGCUCCUUGCCCAGCAAGUACUGCAAGCUUAAGAAGAUGCUGAGUACCAAGACGUACCUGGAGUGGCCCCAGCAGGUCAACCAGCAGCCGUUUUUCUGGGCACAGCUGAAGAGUGUCCUGGGCAAGCCAAAAAUGACCCAAAACAGGACAUACAGCGUUAAGAGCAGAACCUCAUCUGUCGGAGGAAUUUCUGUGAUUAGACCUCCCACAGGGGAGAGAGCCUCAGAAGUAGCUAAGCCUAAUGAGGACAAAGAAGUAGAACCUAAUCAGAAUCAAAUACCUGUGGAGGCAUUUUGACCUAAAGAUUGAACAGGAUCUUUCUCAGUACAGGCCUGUGACCUUUUUUUGUGAGGGCUAUGUCAGCCUGGAAGCAAAAGCCAGCACCUCAUUAUGAUGAAAAACAAAAACCCAAUCCCUUCCUGCCCAUGGCAUGCUGUCAUGUUAUCCCCGAGGGCCGAGCUGAUGCCCUCCGCUCCGCUUUCCCUCUGAGCAUCUCAGGCCAGGUGCCCUGCUGACAGGCACUGAAAGGGUAGCUCAAAUGAGAUCUCCCAUGUCGCACUCUGGAUAACAAGCGAGGGCACAGGAACCUGUGGUGACAGGUGCCACACUGUGAAAGGACUGUGCUCUGUUACAUUCUUGGCCCUUGGAGGUAUGAGAUUAUGAAUGCUCCAACUGUGAUGUUCCAGGGCCAAAUCAAAUGCCACAAAGAUCAUAUAAUAGCAAUACAAGUGAUUACAAGUGAUGGUGACAAAGCUUAGAAACUGGAACUGGUAAUAAUCCAGCACUUCGUAUUUGUAUUAACUCUUUGAAUGUUCUAUAACCAGCUCAUAGUUUUUUAUAGGGGAAGUCUAUACUUUGGUCGAGUGUCUUAAGCAGACUCCUGCCAUAACAAAGCAGAAUGAAAUGUAUACAUGUUGCACAUAUGGUCAGGUAGUCACAAAUGUAAUAGCUGCAAAUGUCUGAAUGUCUGGAUUUGACCUGAUUGUGUUGUUUUUCAAACUCCUCCCAAGUCAUCACUGUCAGUAGGUUGGUAACAGGGUCCCUCAUUUUUUUUUAAGUGCAAACAGCAAAUGAAUCCGUCCAAAUAUUCGAAUCGCAAAAUAAAUAUUCGGACACCAUCGUCAUGACCGAAUAUUCGGAUAUUCGGGUCCAGCCCUACUUUACACACAACAAAAAAUUUAAAUAACACUGUAAAACUGUGAACAUAAACUUGUCCCUUUUACAAUCCACCUUUUUAAACUCAUGACUGAAGCAUAUUUUAUACUUUAUCAAUGUUUUUAAGCCUUUUCAUGUGCGACACUUUGGUCAACAGCAGCUUUAUUGCGUUUAACAAUUAAUUUGGUUUGAGCUGAGCUUAGACUUGAGUCAUGAUGGUUACUAGUUUCUUUUUUUGGAGAAAAUAUUUGAUUUUUUUUUUUUUUUUUUUUAACUUCUAAAUGACUUAGCUUUUUUUUUUUGUUCAGCUUCUGUAAUGAGUCAGUGCCUUACCUUGACUUUCCAUGUGGCUGCCAUAGGCAAAGUUUGCAAAUGACCAGCAGAUGACAGCCUUGACACCUCGUUUUUUUUCUGGUUGCCUGUCAUCAGUUCCCUACAGAGAGAGAAAGAGAGAGUGAGAAUGAUCAAUGUGACACCAAGCAGCUUGGGAUGUUUUUUGGAAGCACAGACAACAUGUCACCAGUCUGGUAAAUCGGUUUCUAUUUGCAUUAAGGACGAGUAAAAAGGCCACAUAGAUGCUCACCACUGCAUAUGUGAAAUACACUGUGAAACAGAUGGAUUUAUCUAUAUAUAUAUCCUACUGACAUGGAACACAUUUUGUAUUAUAUUUUUUAUGGAGAAUUCUGGUCUAACAUCUCAUAUUAAAGAGUGCAGUACGUGACUUGUUUUAAUUGCUUGUAUAAUGCUGGACAUUUACAGUUCUUUCUGUGCCAUUCUGGUGUAUUUUUGUAUAACUCAAUAAAAACAAAACUGCUUUAGU